AACAGCACUAGGCUGAAGACUUCCGCCCCGCAGAGGACUUGCCUCCACCGCCACCUGCAAGUCCGCCCGGCUGUACUUCUGCGCAGGCUCCAGGAGUUGUUUGCUGUCUCUAUGGCAACCCAGUAGCUGGAGUCUGAAGAUGGAGACCAACGAGUCUACGGAGGGAUCGCGGUCGCGGUCGCGAUCUUUAGACAUACAGCCCAGCUCCGAAGGACUGGGGCCCACUUCGGAACCGUUUCCUUCUUCAGAUGACAGUCCUAGGUCGGCCCUGGCAGCUGCAACCGCAGCAGCUGCAGCGGCUGCAUCAGCUGCUGCAGCUACUGCAGCUUUCACCACUGCCAAAGCAGCUGCAUUAUCUACAAAGACCCCAGGGCCCUGUUCUGAGUUCAUGGAGCCGUCCUCUGACCCCAGCCUUCUUGGGGAGCCCUGUGCGGGACCUGGCUUUACCCACAAUAUAGCCCAUGGGAGUCUUGGCUUUGAGCCCGUCUAUGUUUCCUGUAUUGCUCAGGACCCUUGCACUACAACUGACCAUAGUUCUAAUCCUGGCCCUGUUCCAGGCUCUAGCUCUGGGCCUGUUCUUGGCUCCAGCUCAGGUGCUGGCCAUGGCUCUGGCUCUGGCUCUGGUCCUGGCUGUGGCUCUGUCCCUGGCUCUGGCUCUGGUCCUGGUCCUGGCUCUGGUCCUGGUCAUGGCUCUGGCUCUCAUCCUGGUCCUGCCUCUGGGCCUGGUCCAGACACUGGCCCUGACUCUGAGCUCAGCCCCUGUGUUCCUCCAGGGGUCAGAAACCUGGUGGCGGAUCGGGUCCCUAACUAUACCUCCUGGAGUCAGCACUGCCCCUGGGAGCCCCAGAAACAACCACCUUGGGAAUUUUUGCAAGUCUUAGAACCGGGUGCCCGAGGACUAUGGAAACCCCCAGACAUUAAAGGGAAGCUUAUGGUUUGCUAUGAAACUUUGCCGCGGGGCCAGUGCCUCCUCUACAACUGGGAGGAAGAGAGAGCCACCAACCACCUGGAUCAAGUCCCAAGCAUGCAGGAUGGCUCUGAGAGUUUUUUCUUCCGACACGGACACCGGGGACUGCUGACUAUGCAACUAAAGUCACCCAUGCCCUCCAGCACCACCCAGAAAGACUCGUACCAGCCACCAGGAAACGUCUAUUGGCCACUUCGAGGGAAGCGUGAAGCCAUGCUGGAGAUGCUCCUGCAGCAUCAGAUCUGUAAAGAGGUGCAGGCAGAACAGGAACCCACAAGGAAGCUCUUCGAGGUUGAGUCUGUGACACACCAUGACUACCGAAUGGAGCUGGCACAAGCAGGGACUCCUGCCCCAACAAAGCCUCACGACUACCGCCAGGAGCAACCUGAGACCUUCUGGAUACAGAGGGCACCACAGCUGCCGGGUGUCAGUAACAUCAGGACAUUGGACACACCAUUCCGGAAGAACUGCAGCUUCUCAACACCAGUACCCUUGUCUCUGGGGCAACUUUUGCCCUAUGAACCUGAGAAUUACCCCUACCAAUUGGGAGAAAUAUCUUCCCUUCCCUGUCCCGGAGGAAGGCUGGGUGGUGGAGGGGGGAGAAUGACUCCUUUCUGAGGGGUGAGGAGGGAAGUGGGGUAUGGAAUAUGGAAUCUAUUUCUGUCUGCACUAGAGAGGUCGGGAGGAAGUUAAUUCUCACUGUACUUGAAGAGGCUUUACAUAAAGGGUUCUCUCUCAUCCCAA